UUUUUUUUUUUUUUUUUUUUUGCCUGUAUCUCAUUCCAGAAUUUGGAAAUUACCCUUUGCCCAGUUCAUACCUCUUUUUCACUAUCUUGCAAACUUAGCGAGCGCUCUAUGCCCAGGGGGUUGGCUGACUUUCUAAAACAACAGAAAACAAAUGAAGGCAAAUCAGUGAUCCAACGUUAAGGGAGACACAAAACCCAUUAAAAUGUUCUUAAGUGCUAACAUCUUUGGAUCAUACAUAAGGGCUUUAGAUCCCACUCUCUGCCGUCAAGUGUCCCUUAAUGCGGUAUCUUUCAGCCCUGUUUUGGAUUCAUAUAGCAUUUUAAAAUUAAUUUAUUUCUGAGACAUGGACUCAUGAUCUAGUCCUGGUUGCCUUCAAACCCACACAGAGAUCCUCCUGCCUUUGCCUCCCAAGUGCUCGAAUUAAAGUCUUGUGUAGCUGGAUCCAGCUAACAUUUUUCUUCAAUUCAUGCCUGUUAGAUAUGGCCUGGGUGUUUAAGGUGGCCUAAGGGGGAAAAAAAGAAACAGCCCUCAUUUGAAUUUAAUUUGGUUCUUAAUCUCAGGUGUCUGCCCUGUGGUGCAACCAAGGAGGGAGUUCCAUGUGCCUAGCUGAGGGAGAAUAACUGCCAUUUGACUUAAGUUUACUACAAUGUUUGGCACUUGGAGAGUAGACUGAACAGGGUUUCUUGUUUGCUAGCUGGCUUGCUUGUUUUCAAACAGGGUCUUGUCCUGUAGGUACAGACUAGUCCUGAACUCUUACAGGGUUUGUUGUUGUUGUUGUUGUUGUUGUUAGUUACAUAUGUGGGUACUACCAUGUGAAUGCCUUCGCCCACAGAAGCCAAAGCUGUUGGAUCCCCUGCAGCUGGAGUUACUGGCACUUGUAAGCUGCUUGAUGGGAUGGUGGUGCUGGAAACCAAACUCAGGUCCUCCUGAAAACCAGUAUGUGCUGCUCUUAACCACUAAGGCAUCUCUCCAGCCCCAUAGCCUUGAGUUUCUAAUUCUCCUGCCUCCUCUUUAAUCCUGAGUGCCGGUUUUAUAGAUGUGCUAUCUCGAUGAGUUGUGCCUUGUUUUGAUUUUGUUUAAUUUUUUGAAACAAGGUCUUGGCUGGCCUGGUACUUCCCAUGUAGACAUGCUCACCUUCAACUUGGAGCAAUCCUCCUGCCUCUGCCUCCUGAGUGUUGGUAUCAUGAGCAGGCUCCACAGAUCCCCUUUUACAACAGGAUUUUGUUUUGUUUUGUUUUGUUUUUAAAUAAGGAUGGUAAAAGGAGAAUACAGUGACUAGGUUUUUGAGAAGAGACAAUGACUAACACAGGGAAAUUUUGUGUGUUGUUGGUCCUUUCAGACCAGGCUAGGGGUUGGUAAGCAGUGGACUUAAUGAAGAACAAACUCUCCAAGGGCCUGAGGGAGGGACCAGGGGCAGCCAAUAGGGCUGCUAAUGAGUAGCUAGAACUAGGCUUCACUGUUAAUCCUGCACUCCUAGGAGAAGCCUCAAGUUUUAAAGACAUUUAGAAUAAAAAGCACAGCAAGUACCUAUAAUGUAAAAGGUGGGGUAUUACUGGCUCUUAGGGAGCUGGGGCUACCCUGCAGAUCCGGGACAGCUGACUAGGUUGGAGAAUGUACCCGCGACAUGUGGUCAGGCUUAAGAGGCCCCGCUCGCUGUUCAGCUGUGGUUGGGUUGUUCUUAGGAGAAAGGGCUUCCAGUCUGUGAAGGAAGAGAGAGGAAGCAAGGCAUUGUAGAGAGUGUAGAGAGAGCACAGAUGUUCUAGGUCUAGCAGAGGAGGGGAAGGGGCCCCCCGGGGCAGGUGGCCACUUGGAGAAGAGCGGUUUCCCUUGUCAGUCUGUUUCUGGCUGGGAAAAGGGGAAGUCAUUUCCUGUUCAAUCCCAAGAGAGAGCUAAAAUCUAUUGUCAGUUCUGUUUCUUGGCGGAGCUAAGGGAGACAAUGAGAUGAUGACUUCUAAAAAGAAGCCUUCCAAGGUGCAGGAGUCUGCAGGCUACACUUUGGCUUGGACCAGUAGUUCAUGAAUGGUGCUACUGGUUAGCAGGCUCCAUCUAGUCCCCUUCCUUUGUGACAUGGCUUCUGAUCCCUCUGAAAUGGGGUACUGGGCAGACAGCAAGUACAGGGGUAUGAAUACGCCAACACUGAAACUUGAAACUGGUCAGAAUUGCUCGAAAUACAACAAGGGAAGGGAAAAGGACUGGAAACUGGUGAUGGGACACCACUGCUUUCUUUUGGGAUACCCUAACAUGGCCAGCUGUGAGAGCUCUUUAGUGCUAGUAAAGUAGGGAGCUGGUGAGGGUGUGUCCUCAGACAAAUUCAGCUGCCUGCCUUCCUUCCGCUGGGCCAAUUCGGCUUCCCCCAUAAGGCCCAGGGAGGGAAGUCCGGGGCUUUUCCCUAGCCCCUCUCUUAAGCGUCUUUCUAAAAGCACUAAGUCAUCCUCUGGCUGUGGCUUAAUGAACUAAACUGGGACAGUGUCACAAAGGACCAGGCAUCCGUGUUGCAGAGGGGCGGGUGGGAUCUUGCAGCCAGACUCCUUUAUUCUGUGUUGUUGAAAGGGUUAAACAAGCCCUCUGUGCAAGCACCCGCUAAGACUGAAUGGGCAGCAGAGAAACUGCACAUUCAUUCAGAGCUUCUUGCCAGUUUGUCAUUAGCUGACUUGUAGAUUUUCGUGUACAACCAGUAGGUUGGUUGGUUUGCCCAGCUUUCCCCAGCUCCCCUACUUAAGGUAGGAUGACCAACUUGUGAGAACAGUUGACAUGCCUCUUGACUCUUGCAGCCUGUGUCUAGUUCCCUCCCCAAAGGUACCUACCUACCUUUGGCAGUGAUAGUCAAGACAGGCAGCUCUGAGCUGCCAGACCAAGCUGCAGAUCAAGGGACUGUGAUAGGAAAAGGGGUGAGGGGUGGAGAGUUUACUGAUUCAACAGCUCUGGCCUCUUCUAGUUUCCUUGAAUGUCUUUCCUUUUCCCUCACCCACCUCCUCUCCCCUACACACCUGCACUGGAAACUCUUAUCAUCCAAGAUGCCUCGGAUGCCCCAAAGCUUAGCUUGAUGGGUGAGGAGGGGGAGGGAGUCCCCUUUCACCCCAGUAUUUCCUUUCCUUUAAGGGCUGUUUUAUAGUGAAACCCCGUGAGGUUAUCUGCGUAGAGAGUAGAGAUGCAAAGACUUCCACAAAGAAAAGGGUGAAGUGUCAGAAAAAGUAGCCCAAAAGACUAAAUUGAAAUUUUUAGCUAGCGAUCAGAGACAAAUGCCCUAUCUGGCAUCAUUGAUCUGCCGAUUGGGUUACUGAAUCUCUCUCUCCACCUCCACUCACACCCUCAGGGCUGGUAGCUUAAUAGCUGGGGUGAUUCCUGAAGGGUCCAUGGCUAGGAAAAUGAUUGGUGCUUGUACAAUUUUCAUGGAUCACCUAAGGUAAGGAAAACUUCCACAAGUUCUUGUCAGCUAGGGCUCUGAGACUUCAGCCCCAGGGUCACAUGACUGUAUAGAAAUGAAUCCCACCCUGAUCACUUGCUCUAUCUACCCUGUGACCCUUUGCGCUUUAGAGUGCCUUCUCCCUCUCUCAUGCGUGUGCAUGUAUGUGUUGUCUUCCCCAAAUGUCUCUCUAUCUUAUUUAUAUGUAUGUGUGUUAGUAUGCAUGUAUGUAUACCACCACAUGCAUACCUGAUGUCCUUGGAGGCCAGAAGAGGGUGUCAGAUUUCCCUAGAAUGAGAAAUAAUACAUGAUUGAGAGCCACCAUUCGAGUGCUGGAGACGAAACCCAGGUCCUCUCCAAGAACAGCAAGCACUCUUAGCUUGCUCAAGUCCUCAAGUCCCUCUGCCUUAUCAUUGGAGAUAGGGAUGGGGUCUUUGAUGGAACUCGAUGAUGAUCUAGCAAUGUGACUGGCCAGGAAGCUCUGGGGCUUCUCCUGUCUUCAUUACACUAGGGUUACAGAUCUGAAAAAACUACGCUUUAGGGAUAGAACUUAGCCACAACCGCCACCACCCUUGCAUGACUAACACUCCGCUGACCAGGCAUCGCCCUAGCCCUUUGCUUUGCUUUUCUAACUCCAGAAUGGGUGCCGUCCCCUAAAGUAAAGGUGAAGAGUAAAUGAGAGAAUGCAUGACCAGGUGCAGCCGAAAGCCAGGCACCAGGAAGGGUUCCAUAAAUAUUAGACCCUCCUAAUAAUUAGCAAUUAUUAUUAAUAUUAAUUGGUUGAGGGGGAGGUGACUGGGAAAGUUCCUUCUUAUGCUAAUCAUAUAGCCUUGAGGCACUUCCUCCUGCUAAGUGCAGGGCUGGGGCUGGCAUUAUUUCCAUCCGGAAUCUUCCAAAUUGACCAUCAAGCUCUUCCCAACAACUUACUGAGGCAAAGCCUCCUGUCCCAUUUAUCUUACAUAAUUCUCUUCCUUGGAGGAGAAGCAGAGGUGCCUGUGGAAGUGUACUUAACACCUGCAAAGAUGCACAGACUGAGGGGUGGCAGUGUCCCAGGGUGGAGACUGAUCUUGGAAAUAGAGCUCAGAUGGGAGAGGGGGUUGCCAGGCCAGGGAGAAGACCUAGGGUUGUGCUGAGGGGUUGUCAAGACAGGCUGUCUAGGAAAUUGUGUUUCUCAGUCAGCCACAUCAGUUCAGCAGAGGCUCUCAGAGGCUGGCUGGGGCAGGCCUAAGCAAGUGUGAGCUUUGGCUCUCUGAGCCAGCCGUCGAGGGUUUGCUAAGAUACUAGCUGGAAGAGUUGAGGGUUAUGGAAGGGAGAUGCCGUUUUGAACAUGCCUUCUGGAACCAAAUGUCAGAUAGAUGCUGUGUGUCCUGAGAGACCAUACUUUCUUGAGGCUGGCCUAGACUGUUGGCCCAGAUGUUGACAGCUGCCUCUGGAGCAUGAGGGGAGCCCGUGGAUGGCAGGGCAGUACCUUGCUGCCUCCAGUGGCUGCUCCAAACUGGUUUCAUGGCUUGGAGAAUCUGUCUGCUCGAUUCCAGGGCCUGUGAAACAUCUUUCAGAGUUGCCUGUGCUUUUUGCUUCAUCUGCAAGAAAUGCAGCUGGGUUGUUUGUUUGUUUGUUUAAGUCUUGGUAUCCUGCUUGGGAAAUCAGUCUGCCUCUGUGGCUUAGGAGAAUAUCUCUUCUUUCUCCUGGCUCAGCUACUCGCUGGGUCCUGAGAUAAAAUCCCUAGCUACAAGGGCCAAUAUAGAGGCAUUUUGUUGGCAGGUGUUCCCAACCUGGGCUUUCUGGAAUCAGAGGCUCAUGUUAACGUAGUCCAAGGAGGAAGUUUCUGGCUGAGGCACUACUUGACUGACACCUGGGAGUCUUACCUAUAACAAUUAUAUUAUGCAAAAGUUACAUUUUUUCCCCCUUUAACCAAAGCCCUGGAAUGAGAACCUGGGGCUUCUAACUAGCUGAUCAUUUGACCCCAAUCUUAACAUUUUCUAGAGGAAAGAAAGGCCUUGGGAACCUUCUUAGAACAAGUGUACUAUCUGAAAGGUAGCCUUCCUUAGAGAUGCCCUCUGCGAAUGGAUGCCUCUUCCCAACACUGACCACAGCGGUUCACUUGAAGCUGCCUUGACAAGAGAAUGUUCUUCAGUGGCGGGCCUUGCCAGGUGGUGAAGGCAAAAACUGACUCAAAGGUGAUGCUCUGGGCUCUGAAUGAUGGCUCACACUUGUCAUCAUAGCAGUUGGAAGGCUGAGGGAAGAGAGCCUCUGUGAGUUCAAGACCAACCUACGCUAUUACAUAGACCCCUAGAAGCCUGUCCCUUGGUGCAGUUCAGGACCUCCAGCCUCAUGGAGCCCCCGGUUCCACAGAGCAGCGUCCCUGUGAAUCCCAGCUCAGUCAUGGUGCAGCCCCUCCUUGACAGCAGAGCGCCCCACAGCCGGCUCCAGCACCCACUCACCAUCUUACCCAUUGACCAGAUGAAGACCAGCCACGUGGAGAAUGACUACAUAGACAACCCUAGCCUGGCCCCUGCCACGGGUCCCAAGCGGCCCCGGGGCGGGCCACCAGAGCUGGCUCCUACACCUGCCCGCUGUGACCAGGAUAUUACUCACCACUGGAUCUCCUUCAGCGGUCGGCCCAGCUCUGUAAGCAGCAGUAGCAGCACUUCCUCCGACCAGAGGCUCCUAGAUCACAUGGCUCCACCGCCCGUGGCUGAGCAGGCCUCACCCAGGGCUGUGCGCCUCCAGCCCAAGGUGGUUCACUGUAAGCCGCUGGACCUCAAAGGCCCGACAGCUCCGCCAGAGCUAGACAAGCACUUCUUGCUGUGUGAGGCCUGUGGAAAGUGUAAGUGCAAAGAGUGUGCGUCCCCUCGGACGUUACCUUCCUGCUGGGUCUGCAACCAGGAGUGCCUGUGCUCGGCUCAGACGCUGGUCAACUAUGGCACAUGCAUGUGUCUGGUGCAAGGUAUCUUCUAUCACUGUACUAAUGAGGAUGAUGAGGGCUCUUGCGCCGACCACCCCUGCUCCUGUUCCGGCUCCAACUGCUGCGCCCGCUGGUCCUUCAUGGGCGCCCUCUCUGUGGUGCUGCCCUGUCUGCUGUGCUACCUGCCGGCCACAGGCUGCGUCAAGCUGGCCCAGCGAGGCUACGACCGCCUGAGACGCCCCGGUUGCCGCUGCAAGCACACGAACAGCGUCAUCUGCAAGGCAGCCAGUGGGGACACCAAGACCAGCAGGUCUGACAAGCCUUUCUGACACUUUGGAUGAAAAAAACAUGGUCCCUCCUGCCAGUCUCCUGAGACUGACCUUGCUCAUCUGUCCUCUCCUAAAACCCUAGAUUGGGAAGAAACCGGCAGAGAACACUACUGCCUAGCCUUGAGUCCCCAAAAGGAUGAAGAUGUACUUUGGGGAUUUUCACAGUCUUGAAACUUUGUUAAACAGCAGUGACAGUGUUAGGGUAUGGUGGUAGGGGGCCCAGUUUUCCUAUUUCAGAAGACGGAAGACAGAUGCGGACACAGGGUCUGCAAGUUCAGCCACUCAAUGGCCUUCCCAGCCCCUCUGCUUCCUCUCAUUUUGCCAUUCUCUCUGGCUCCUGCUGGAGCCUUCUACCUGGGAGGAACAGCUAAUGGGAGGCAAGAUACCUCGAGGAAGACCCUCCGAGCCUUGACUUCUAUCUUUGCCGCCUCCGUCCAUGCCUGUUGGCCUUGGCCUCUUGGGAAGGUGCACCGUAGCCAUUCCUGCUGUAUGCACUUGAUGUCCGAGAACAAAAUCGCCGGUAAGCUGCUGCCUCCCGUGAGUAGCAGGAUGGAGAAGGAACCACCUGGCAGUGUGUUCCUCCUAGCUUUCAAUCACUAACUUGGGGGUUGUCCGCUCAUCACGCCAUCCUCCAGUUCACAGACUGGCCUGCCUGCUAUGCGUCCUGAGCACUCUUUCUACUCGGAUUCUUUGUAGAAACUCGCUGGGUUAAGAAGGCCAGGAUGACACAAGCAAGACCAAAUAUCAUUUUGCCAAUGAGUCUGAGGCUGUGGUCUCUGGAUCCAGCCAUGAUGUUUUUAUAUGUUUAAUUAAACUAGAUGCUAUUGGUGUUUAAACAAUAAUAAUACAACAACCUUGCUUCCUUUUGGGCCACCCCCAGGAAGGGCUGAUUUCAAAAUCUGGGGGUAAGCAACCUCAAGGAGCGUUUCCCCUGCACAUCGAGAAUGGCAAAGAAGAGGCCGUACCUCCCAUUGGCAGGAUGACAGUUGAGCCGAACUGGGGUUGGGUUUUCUUGUGAUUCUGCUGCUUGCUGUCUCUAGCCUUUUGUGUAUAGUGAUGCGUCUGUCUUUAUGUAAAUAGAGAUGACAGAGUCUAUUUUAGUGUUAAGAAGCCCUGGUGGGGAAGUCGGAAGAUGCCAGAGAAGGUGGGGAACGAUCCUCCAGGGGCUGCUGGGUUUGAGCCCCACUUUUUGUGUGCACACACACAGACACCCCUCCCAACAGCCCCCAAAGACGUAGCAACUCUUUCUCUCACGGUGCUAAAGGACUCAGAACGCGCAGCCCGUCCAGUGGGUAGGUACUUGUUGCAUGCAAAAAGCUAUCGUGUCUCUGGUCCUUGCCCCCAGCUGUUGUGUGGGUGGGUUUUUUUUGUUUUUUUUGUUUUUUUUUUUGUUGUUGUUUUUGGUUUUGGUUUUUUCUUUGUGUGGUAUUUUGUCCCCAUCCCUGCCUCUGAUUCAAGAAAUAGCCUGGGUCAGAAGAGGUACCCCAGGUAAAAUUGAGAGAGCAUUAGGCAAAAAUCAUGUGGAGCAUUUCUGGUUCUUUUGUGUGAGCAGCCCCUAGGGAGGAGGCAAGGAGUCAGGUAGCUGUAAGUGGAGUGUACCUAUUGCUCUUUUCUCAAGGAUUCACCCCCACCCCCACCUUGGAAGCUACUAGUAGUAAUAGUAACACCUUAUGAUUUAGAAUAAGUUAAUUGUAACCAUAGGUAUUUAUUGAUUGGAGGAAGGGAGGGUUUUAUUUUCAGCUUUAUUUAUGCAACAUUUACUGGCUUGUAAAAGGCAAGUAUAAAAUCCUGCAUCUUCAUCGUCUAUAACUAAUCCAUACAUAUACCUGCCCUUGCCACAUUGCAGUGUUCUUGCACAGAACGGAAGGAAAGAUAGAAGACAAACCCCUGCGAUCAGCAAACCACUUACACUAAUUGAAUGUAUUAGAAGCUUUCUGAAGGGGCUGGAGAUGUUUUCCUCGAAUGAGGGGUGUGGAGGGACCCCCCCCCCAAAAAAAAACCCUGAUAGCGCACACGUGCACUCUUUCUAAGAAGCCUGGGAGCUUCACCCAGGGUCCCUCCCUCAAUUUGUAUCCACAGGACAGCUGACCCAGUGGCAGGUUGCACUUUGGUGAUCUUGGUCUGCAUACGUCUGUGGACAGUUGAGCUAUAUAAGCCGUGUAUGCGCACAUGCACACGUGACACUUACAUACACAGACCCUCUACCACACAGACCCUGUUUCCUGGCAACCCUUCCCAAACCCUGACUUUGUGUACAUAGCUGUAAACACGGAUUUGGGGGGUUUUGGUUUGCUUCCCCACCUCACCAACCCCUUGUUCUGGUUUGGAAAUGAUGUCUACAGAAUUCUUCCUCCCCACAGAAGUUGACCUUGGGACUCACUUGCUCAGUGGUAAGGGAAGGGGAGAAGGAAGGAAGGAAGCAUCCUUUUUCCUCUGCUCUGUUGUUUUUUCUCUGACUUCUUGGCAAACACACAUAGGGGAUGCAAACACAGAAAAGGGGUAGUUUGUUUAUAGGGCCCCCUCCCCUUCCCAGGUUAGUCAACAGGCAUUGGGAACACAGGCUCUCACAAACAGAACAUUUCUGUAGCUGUUUCUGACUUCUUGGCUAGCAUUUGCAGCUUUUGCUUGGCUUGAGUUAACAUCACUUCCAAAGUGCCAGCUGGUUCCCACUUCUAGACCUGGGGUGGCUGUCAGUUGUGCCUGGAGCCAAGGAUGGCUUCCGGGAUCUUUCUUAAGGUGCCUGGGCUACUUGGUACCAUUGUAGGGAAAGGCUGGUUCUCCUGUAAGCACUCUGGGGGCUGAGUUUAGGCUAGCAACAUCUUCCAAGGUACCAUCAAUGCUCCUCAAGCCAACUGGAAGAGAGCAACGAGCGGCCUUUCUCAGCGAUGGGAGGCAUCCUUACGACUGAUAGGUUCUUUGAGCUAGUGUAGUUCUGCAUCAAUGGGGCCCAGCUGGAUCACAGCCUCAAGGGAACAACACAUACCAAGUUGGUCAGGGGCAGAACCAGGCAGGUACCCAUCAUUCUAGAGCAGCUUGGUCUCCAGUGCUGCUCCAAGAAAUAGUGGAGGCGUGUGGGCAGCACACAUUUGCACUGUACAAUUGAACAUCCGGGGCUUCCCCGGCUUCCCAAUUUAUGCAUUUGGUGAGUAGCUCCGUGCCCUUCCCCGCUCUGUAAUGGUGGAUGUCGAUCCUGUGUUUCCAUUUUGAUUGUGGGUGACUGUGCUGUUUCUUAGCUUGCUUUUCUCUUGUGUCCUGUGGUUGAUUUCCUGUUAGCAGCACUAGAGCUGUGCCCAGCACCCCACUCCACCACAUUCCUGUGUCUCUGUAGCUCCCCCUCCCCGCCCCUGUUCAUCCCACCACAAAAGUUACCACAGAAGGUUUCCUUUGUAAAAAAUAUUUAUUUUGAAGCUCUAUUUUAAUAGUAUUUAUUUUAGAAAGUCUACUAUUGUAAGAGUUCUUCUGUUUGUGAAGAAAAAAAAACAAGUUAAAAACUGAAUGUACUGAUCUAGAAGAUAUCUAUAAAUAUAUAUUGUUAAAUAUACACAUGGCUGCCAUUCUC